AUGGAGUACCGUUCAACCUUUACACCUCAUAACAUGACUCGGUUGCGUGAACAUAAUCUGCUCCGUUAUGACGAUGAGUAUAAAUAUAUCGAUUUUGAUGUUUUUAAGAGAGGCAAUGAUGAUUUUGAGGUCUACCAGAAAAGUAUCGCACAUAGGGCUCUCUCCCAGAUCAAAAAAUCCAAGGACAAGUUGCAACUUUUAUCAUCAGGCCACUCAACAUUUUCACUAAAGGUGCUUAAGUCAUUGGGCAUAGAUUUAACGAAUCAAAAAAUAGAAGCAAAUUCCAUAGACCAGCUAAUCCCCUCUUCGAAUAGCAUGAAGAUAAUGCAUUCGCAGCUUAAGAUCUGGAAUGACCUCUACAAAAAUGAAAUCAAACUUUUGCCAUCAACCAUACUAUAUGACAAGAUACUCAACAUUUCCAAAACGAUAUCGGACCACGUGACAACUACCGUAUCUAAAUCGGAUAGGUCGUUCCACAUAGAAGAAUACCUCAAUAAAAUUAAUAAUAUACAACCACAAAACAGAAAUUCAGUAGAUUCAGUUGCAACCAGUAGAAUCGAAUCGAAUUCCCAAAAUAUAUAUUUGGAAGAACAGGUAAAAUUACUCGCAUCAAUAAAUUCGUUAUUACUGCUUGACGAGACAUUAAAUGAGGCACAAGAUGGUAACUUUUACUAUGAUCAGCUUAAAAGUUUUCCAAGGGAUUGCCUAAUAAGUGUAAAUAUAAAUAAAAAGGACGAUUGGUCUAGGGUAAAGGAUAAAAGAUACACUUUGCUCAACUUUGUUAAGCAAAUUUGCAAAGGUUGUAACUUUGAUAAGACAACGUGUGGGCUGACAUUGUUGUUAUUUGAUUCAUUUAUACACAUCAAAAAUGAUUGUGAAUACCACGGUAAUGAUGGUGCUGGUGUUUCAAAUGAUGCGGGAAAUAAUGGUUUCUCGCAAGAUUACCUGAAUAAAUAUGCUGUUGCGUGUCUCAUGCUUAUAGCAGGGCUGAGGGAACAUUGGACAGAUAUAAAACGGGAUUCUUACCUCGAAAAUAUCAUAUCGGCGUACAAGUCCAAAUUCACAAUACAAGAAAUUGCCCGGUGCCAAAUGGAGAUAAUCAAAACUAUGCCCAAAGGUUUUACCAAUAUUUACGUGCCAUUCGAGUAUGGCCUAUUCUUUUUGUCCGUUCUCCGAGACAUUGAAGAAACAUCUCAAACUAAUGAAAAUGCCGAUAAUUGUUGCGGUAGUGUUGAUGAUGGUCUCGGAUUGGAUUGUUUAUAUUCGUAUUUACGGAAAACAUGUGCCAUCAGUUGGGUUUAUAGCAUCAUAACCAAGUGGGAUGAGCUAUUUCUCUAUGAAAAUUGGAACAGCACUAUAACCCCAAGUCGUGCUGCAGCGGCUAUAUUUUUACACAUAUUUUUAGAUUUUUACCAGUGUGAAGGAGAUAAAAAUGUGUUGUGGUGUAGAAGGUUUUGUAGCCGUGUGUUCAAGAUGCUGUAUGAUUGCGAUGUGGGUUUGUGGUAUCAUUGCAUAAAAAACCAAUUGUGUAUUGUGUACAUGGAAAUUGCCAAGGCUUCAGAUAGUUCCUGGCAAAUAUACAGUAUCUUCAAAAUCUCCAGUUUUCAGUGGUGCGCCCAGCUAAAGCUUUUAAGCGUGUACAAAGCGAAGUCCCUGAUUGAAUAUAUGGAUAGUGGACAGAAGUUGUGUGGUCUCGACUACGUAACAAUUAUGCAGAUAAUUCCAAGGUUGAUUCAGCUGGUUAUAGCUAAUGAUAGCCAAUCCAAUCAGGAAUGCUUGGCUAAUGGAGCUACGGCGCGGUGUAACGCGUUAACUAGCAGGAUUUAUAGGGGUGAUGAUCUUUUAAUGGAAGAAGACAACACUAAGAAGAGAAGAUCUUAG